UUUGGUAAUUUAACGUUGUGGGAUAAUGUAAAAUAGUGGAAUUUUUCUUUAUCUUUUGUUCCUCCUUUCCCACGCUUUAGAUCUUUGCUUUACUCAUCACAAAAUCUCUGCCUUAAACCACUGAGUCAAAAACAGAGUCCAAAAUCUCAGCUUUCUCUUUCUUCUCUUCCAAAAUUUUCAUUUCUGCAAUUAAAUCAAGAAUUUGAUGGAAAGCAGAAUAUCCAAAACAUUUCAGAGAUUCAUCCACCCAACUAAGAAAACAUCCAAAAACGGCGGAAACUUAGAGAGAGAAAGUGCAGCAGACUCAGCCAACAAAAACAGAGCAGCCAUGGAAGCCUUUGUAUCGAAGCUUUUCGCAUCUAUUUCAUCUCUCAAAGCAGCUUACGCAGCUCUGCAAACCGCCCAACUACCUUACAACAUCGACAGCAUAAACUCCGCUGAUCAAGAAAUCGUCGAAGAGCUGAAAUCGCUGUCGGAGCUCAAACGUAAGUACUCGAAGAAACAGGUUGAUUCUUCUUCUUCUUCUUCCUCCCCACCCCACGUGACUUUAAUGCUGUCUGAAAUUCAAGAACAGCACUCUUUGAUGAAGACUUACGAAAUCACCAUGAGGAAAAUGCAGACCGAACUCGAAAUUAAAGAAUCCCGAAUUUUGCAACUUCGAGAAAAAUUGAAAGAGAUCGUUGAAAAGAAUGAGAAAAAAAUGAGCAAGAUUGGAUCUUUUUCGGUUCUUGAUAGUGUGAAAUUUUCAGAGAUGAAUGUAAAUGAUUUUACAGUUGUUUUGAACUAUGUUCUGAGAUCUGUUCGUAGUUUUGUGAAGUUCUUGAUUCGUGAAAUGGAGUGUGGUGAUUGGGAUAUUGAAGCUGCAGUGAGUGCAAUACAGCCUGGGAUUGUGUUCAGGAACAGGGAUCAUAGGGUUUUUGUGUUGGAAUCGUUUGUUUGCGGAGAAAUUUUGUCUGGGUUUGAUAAACCUAAUUUUUGCGACGGAAAGUUUGGUCACUGUUUGCCUGGGGAGAGAAAUCAGCGACGGAAUUUCUUCUUUGAGGAGUUUAAGAAGAUGGGUUCGGUGAAUGGGGUUCGUUUUCUGAAGAGAGUGAGGAAUUCUUUAUUUGGGGAGUUUUUGAAGUUGAAGUAUUUGAAUUUGGUGCACCCGAAAAUGGAGGUUUCGUUUUUCGGGGAUUUGAGGUAUAGAAAAAUGGUGGAUUCCGGCGAAUGGCCGGAGAGUGAGUUCUUUAAGAUGUUUGCUGAAAUGGGGAGGAGGGUUUGGGUACUGCAUUGCUUGGCGUUUUCUUUUGAUCGGGAAGUUGGAAUAUUCCGGGUGGAGCGGGAUUCCAGAUUCUCCGAGGUGUACAUGGAAAGUGUGGCGGAGGAGGAGGCGGCUGCGGCGGCGGCGGAGGAUUUGAGGGUGGCGUUUACGGUGGUGCCGGGGUUUAAGUUCAGCCACACGGUUGUGCAGAGCCGGGUUUAUUUAUUUCCGGCGAAAAGUUAGAGAUGAACCCGUUUUGAAAGGUGAAACCAUAACUCAACGGUGAAAGGGCGGCGCGUGAAGAGCAGACGCGAAGACGAGUCAAAUCGAAGAGCAGGCGGGCAUUAAAGAGGCGAGUGGGGCCCACGCGGAAAUAAUGUCACGAACCCUUCCUUUGUCUUCAAUAAUCAGCUUCGUUUAUGAGAAAGAAAACCUGUAACAAUGGAGUUCAGUGAGAAAGUGGUGGCGGCGGAUAAUGCUCUAGGGUUGGUGAGAAAAGAGAAUAUUAGCUACACUAAGUUUAACCUAAAGAUUACCAGUAAUUGCCUCCCAUUGUCAGCUGCUCCUUUGUCUUCUUAUACUGCCAUCACGUGAUAGAGGAGCUGGAGUGAAGGUGGAGCCUCCCAUGCAGCUGAGGUGUGCCCACGUCUGCCUCUUCCCUUCUCAAAACGACAGCGUUUCGUCUUAUUCUUUAAUAAUAAUAAAAGCGUAUAAAUAAUAAAAGCGCGUUCACGCUUUCUCAAGUUGAACGACACCGUUUUAUUAACGGAUUUAAAAAUCCGUUUAUUCAGUUAUUACA